AUGCAGGACAGUGUGUUUGAUGAGGACGUGCACAUUAAACCGGAACCGGGAGUGGUGGUGAAUGUGAGUCGACUUGUUCCUCCACUGCCAAUACAGUCGUGCAGAAACCUGCAGAAACUGUUUGCCGUCAAAAAGCACCACGUGCUAUUUACCAGAGAUGUGAUCGAGCUUACCUGCGGCAUUCUCUUCGUACUCUUGGCUGCUGACAUCCUUACUACACUGUGCACCAAGGGAGCUAAACGUCCAAAGUAUUUCGUUCUGUUUACAGACGAGGACUCCAAGCGGCUUCACGAGCACUUCCGACAGACCGCACAAUAUUGGCAUUGUCAUCGUCGCCUUCAUGGUGCAAAUCACGUGGCCUACGUCCAUUUUGGAGUCCGUGGGAAAUGCAGAUUUGGUAGGGUCUUCUUUUCAUAUGGAACUCCUUGCCCAUUCGAGCGAAACUUGGUAGCACGGAUCACGGCUUGCCUUAGUCGCCACCCACUGGUCACUGACUGCUACGGCAUUUGUGGAAGCAAAUUCGUGCCAGCGAACAGUGGAAUAGUGAACACCAUCUUUGCGUUGUUGCUCUUGGAAUUCCGCACCAAGGCGCCAGGAGCCCAAACCAUUGCCCAAUUUGUAGGCCGUCGGUUUGGUAUAGUCGCCCACAGCCUCACCAUCACCAUCAGCCUCGUCACGGCUCUCUACACCCUCACCGUCAACGUCAUAGUCGGUUCAAAAGUUUUGGAUGCUGUGACUGAGGGUGUAAGCAAGACGGCCAUCGUAUCGAUAGUCUUCAUUCUAGUCGGUGCCAUGGUGGUAGUAGCGCGACGCAGAAGCUACAGUCUCACUCUCUACAUCUUCAACACCACAAUUCUCCUCAUUUGCGCAUUCCUCAUUUUCGUGGUGCUGAAUGUGCCCGCCUACCCACCACUCGGCAGCAUGGACAGUUUCUACAAUUUACUGGUAUGCUACAAGUCAGAUUGCAAAGUCGAGGCCUUCACAACUGGUGGAUUCAAUUACAGCAUUAUUAGUGCAAUUCUUAUCAAUCUGAUUCAACAAUUGGUGCAUGUGGUGCACGAUCAGGCCCUCUGGGAGACCUCGAUCAAUUUGCCUCCAAACCACGGCGUCCUUGGCCUUCUCUUGGCCACCAUCUUGGCCUCCUGCAUCCCCUUUGUGCUUGGCAUCGUCUGUGGUUUGGGCUUUCGAGCCCUGGAAUCAGCAUUUUUCAAUGCAGCUCUACUCAACGCGACACACAAGGCCUCCGGUCUUCUGCUAUUUGCAACACCGAUCCACCUGCUGGAGAAGUGUGGCAUUUCGGUCAUUUUCAUUGUCCUUCUCCUCCUCCUCGUGACUUCUUGCAUGUUCAGCAUCAUCGGUGCCUCAUCAAUUGUAUACCACGAUAUUCUUGCAACCUACAUUCGACCCUUCAGGAAGCAGAAUGGCAAGACAACGUGUCUAUUGUGUGGCAAGCGACGUGGUCACCUUGCACGUCAACGCAACAUCUGCCGCUGCCGCAGCAUGCUCGAGUGUGCAGCAUGUCACACGGAUACCUGGAUCAAAGAGGAGUGCAGGGACCGACCAACUACGGGCCCCAUGUAUGGUUGCCAAACACACGGGACAUACCGCGAGUACACUGACAAGAUGUCGAAGAGCGUGCUUCACAUCGCCUUCAUUGUGAUGGCAGGCAUGAUACCAAUCUUCAUUAUCUUCUCCGAUUUGGCGGUAUGUUCUCAUGCCCAUGUUCUUGGCGACAACGUGGUUCAGGUAGCUGAUUCUUCUGGCAUCACACCGAUGCAUCACAGCACAUUUGCUUCUCGUUUCGAUGCGAAACCUGUACUGACUAACCAUCUAAUGUGCAAUGGAUUUUGUUGCAAGGGGACAUGUGACCCUGAUCGUGCUGACUUCAUUUACCUGGAAUUAGUGACUCCAUCCUCCGAUAGUCAUGCUCAUAGUGCGGGCAUACAACACAUCUUGUCACAAACUACGUCAUGUGGUUGUUUGCGCCUUACUGCAAGACCCCCUACUGAUUUGAAACACCUUCCAGAACCUACAACAGAAAGCGCUGCUGUGAGGGUCGGCAAGGAUCGCUGCCACACUAAAGUGGUGAAUUUCCUGUGCUUUCAUCUGUGCACACCCUUUGUGGGAUGCCUAUGUCUCACCAUUCUGUGGGCCCGGCUCUCCAAAGCUGCACUCCUCAUCGGUUACUUUGCUAGUGCCGCUGUCGCUCUUAUUCUCCACUUUGUGCUUGCAAAGGCAUCUUCUUUGGGUGUGUUCCAACUCCUUCAUGUUCUAUUUGUGCCCUCUGCCGGAGGUGCCGCACUCUGCACAACCAGCUCCAAUAUUAAGCACAUCCAGCUGAUAGGAUUGGGAGCCGCAUUGUUGGGUGGUUUCCUACUACCUGCACUGAUCACUCGUUUCUCCACCACACCUCUCUCACCUGAGGCAGAACUUGGCAUGUGGAGCUGCGUGCAGGAGAUCGACAACCCUCUCAUGCCCUGGUCUGAGGUAUUCACUCGACAAACGGAUCUGCGUUUCUCCCCGCGUUUAAGUGAGAAGAAGCCCGCCCUUUCGGAAGUGCGCAGAGCUCUGACUCCACUGCGUCGCCUCACGCGAGUCAUCGUCGCCUUCAAUUUUACCAUAUUUCUCGGCUUCUGGCAGAUACUCGGUCACAUACACAAACACAACUUCAACCACUUCUUCUUCUACGUAAGCACCACUUUGCCUAGAGGCUGCAAAGAGCAGCCGUUUCCAUUAAUGGCAAAUGUAAUGCUGUUUGAAGUGGGAAUGGAAGCUUCGUUCGAUAUGCUCUCUGACACACGAGUCAAGGUGAGGCAAAGUGCAAAAUCGGUGCUCUCUAGCGUUGGCGGUAACACAAUGCACGCAUCACUGCGAAGCGCAUUGUUGGGCUCAUUUGGUGGUGGUGGUGGUGGUGGUGGUGAUGGCGAGGGUAAUGGCGAAGAGGGUGAACGUGUAUGCACGAGUGGCGGUUCGGACUACUGGCGAUUCAACGAAGUGCUGAUAAUCAUUGAGGAGAAGCAGGAAGUUGAAGUUGCUUCCUGUCCUCCGAUCGCAGACAUUGAGAUGAGUUUGAUAUGA